AUGGCUGUUUCAGAUGUUACUGACUCUACAGUUGAAGAAGAUUCAUCAGUGACUGAUUCUCCAGAUGUGGAUGUCUCAGAUGUUACUGACUGUACAGUUGAAGAGGAUUUCUCAGUGACUGGUUCUAAGGAUGUGGAUGUCUCAGAUGUUUCUGACUCUACAGUUGAAGAUGAUUCUUCAGUAACUGGUUCUCCGGAUGUGGCUGUCUCAGAUGUUACUGACUCUACAGUUGAAGAAGAUUCAUCAGUAACUGAUUCACCAGAUGUGGAUGUCUCAGAUGUUACUGACUGUACAGUUGAAGAGGAUUCAUCAGUGACUGGUUCUCCAGAUGUGGCUGACUCAGAUGUUACUGACUCUACAGUUGAAGAGGAUUCAUCAGUGACUGAUUCUCCAGAUGUGGAUGUCUCAGAUGUUACUGAUUGUACAGUUGAAGAGGAUUCAUCAGUGACUGGUUCUAAGGAUGUGGCUGUCGCAGAUCUUACUGACUCUACAGUUGAAGAGGAUUCAUCAGUGACUGGUUCUCCAGAUAUGGCUGUCUCAGAUGUUACUGACUCUACAGUUGAAGAGGAUUCAUCAGUGACUGGUUCUCCAGAUAUGGCUGUCUCAGAUGUUGCUGACUCUACAGUUGAAGAGGAUUCAUCAGUGACUGGUUCUCCAGAUAUGGCUGUCUCAAAUGUUACUGACUCUACAGUUGAAGAAGAUUCAUCAGUGACUGUUUCUCCAGAUGUGGCUGUCUCAGAUGUUACUGAUUGUACAGUUAAAGAGGAUUCAUCAGUGACUGGUUCUAAGGAUGUGGCUGUCACAGAUGUUACUGACUCUACAGUUGAAGAGGAUUCAUCAGUGACUGAUUCUCCAGAUAUGGCUGUCUCAGAUGUUACUGACUCUACAGUUGAAGAGGAUUCAUCAGUGACUGGUUCUCCAGAUGUGGCUGUCUCAGAUGUUAGUGACUCUACAGUUGAAGAGGAUUCAUCAGUGACUGGUUCUCCAGAUGUGGCUGUCUCAGAUGUUACUGACUCUACAGUUGAAGAGGAUUCAUCGGUGACUGGUUCUCCAGAUAUGGCUGUCUCAGAUGUUACUGACUGUACAGUUGAAGAAGAUUCAUCAGUGACUGUUUCUCCAGAUGUGGCUGUCUCAGAUGUUACUGACUCAACAGUUGAAGAGGAUUCAUCAGUGACUAGUUCUCCAGAUGUGGCUGUCUCAGAUGUUAUUGACUCUACAGUUGAAAAGGAUUCAUCAGUGACUAGUUCUCCAGAUGUGGCUGUCUCAGAUGUUAUUGACUCUACAGUUGGAGAGGAUUCAUCAGUGACUGGUUCUCCAGAUGUGGAUGUCUCAGGUGUUACUGACUCUACAGUUGAAGAGGAUUCAUUGGUGUCUGGUUCUCUAGAUGUGGCUGUCUCAGAUGUUAUUGACUCUACAGUUGAAGAGGAUUCAUCAGUGAUUGGUUCUUCAGUUGUGGCUGUCUCAGAUGUUACUGACUCUACAGUUGAGAAGGAUUCAUCAGUGACUGGUCCUCCGGAUGUGAAUGUCUCAGAUGUUACUGACUCUACAGUUGGAGAGGAUUCAUCAGUGACUGGUUCUCCAGAUAUGGCUGUCUCAGAUGUUACUGACUCUACAGUUGAAGAGGAUUCAUCAGUGACUGGUUCUCCAGAUGUGGCUGUCUCAGAUGUAACCGAUUCUAUAGUUGAAGAGGAUUCAUCAGUGACUGGUUCUUCAGAUGUGGCUGUCUCAGACGUUAUUGACUCUACAGUUGAAGAGGAUUCAUCAGUGACUGGUUCUCCAGAUGUGGAUGUCUCAGAUGUUAUUGACUCUAUAGUUGAAGAGGAAUCAUCAGGGACUGGUUCUUCAGAUGUGGCUGUCUCAGAUGUUACUGACUCUACAGUUGAGAAAGAUUUAUCAGUGACUGGUUCUCCGGAUGUGAAUGUCUCAGAUGUUACUGACUCUACAGUUGAAGAGGAUUCAUCAGUGACUAAUUCUCCAGAUAUGGCUGUCUCAGAUGUUACUGACUCCACAGUUGAAGAUGAUUCAUCAGUGACUGGUUCUCCAGAUAUGGCUGUCUCAGAUGUUACUGACUCUAUAGUUGAAGAGGAAUCAUCAGUGACUGGUUCUUCAGAUGUGGCUGUCUCAGAUGUUACUGACUCUACAGUUGAAGAUGAUUCAUCAGUGACUGGUUCUCCAGAUAUGGCUGUCUCAGAUGUUACUGACUCUACAGUUGAAGAAGAUUCAUCAGUGACUGUUUCUCCAGAUGUGGCUGUCUCAGAUGUUACUGACUCAACAGUUGAAGAGGAUUCAUCAGUGAUUAGUUCUCCAGAUGUGGCUGUCUCAGAUGUUAUUGACUCUACAGUUGAAAAGGAUUCAUCAGUGACUAGUUCUCCAGAUGUGGCUGUCUCAGAUGUUAUUGACUCUACAGUUGAAGAUGAUUCAUCAGUGACUGGUUCUCCAGAUAUGGCUGUAUCAGAUGUUACUGACUCUAUAGUUGAAGAGGAAUCAUCAGUGACUGGUUCUUCAGAUGUGGCUGUCUCAGAUGUUACUGACUCUACAGUUGAAGAUGAUUCAUCAGUGACUGGUUCUCCAGAUGUGGCUAUCUCAGAUGUUACUGACUCUACAGUUGAAGAGGAUUCAUCAGUGACUGGUUCUCCAGAUAUGGCUGUCUCAGAUGUUACUGACUCUACAGUUGAAGAAGAUUCAUCAGUGACUGUUUCUCCAGAUGUGGCUGUCUCAGAUGUUACUGACUCAACAGUUGAAGAGGAUUCAUCAGUGACUAGUUCUCCAGAUGUGGCUGUCUCAGAUGUUAUUGACUCUACAGUUGAAAAGGAUUCAUCAGUGACUAGUUCUCCAGAUGUGGCUGUCUCAGAUGUUAUUGACUCUACAGUUGAAGAUGAUUCAUCAGUGACUGGUUCUCCAGAUAUGGCUGUCUCAGAUGUUACUGACUCUAUAGUUGAAGAGGAAUCAUCAGUGACUGGUUCUUCAGAUGUGGCUGUCUCAGAUGUUACUGACUCUACAGUUGAAGAUGAUUCAUCAGUGACUGGUUCUCCAGAUAUGGCUGUCUCAGAUGUUACUGACUCUACAGUUGAAGAGGAUUCAUCAGUGACUGGUUCUCCAGAUAUGGCUGUCUCAGAUGUUACUGACUCUACAGUUGAAGAAGAUUCAUCAGUGACUGUUUCUCCAGAUGUGGCUAUCUCAGAUGUUACUGACUCAACAGUUGAAGAGGAUUCAUCAGUGACUAGUUCUCCAGAUGUGGCUGUCUCAGAUGUUAUUGACUCUACAGUUGAAAAGGAUUCAUCAGUGACUAGUUCUCCAGAUGUGGCUGUCUCAGAUGUUGCUGAUUCUACAGUUGAAGAGGAUUCAUCAGUGACUGAUUCUCCAGAUGUGGAUGUCUCAGAUGUUGCUGAUUCUACAGUUGAAGAGGAUUCAUCAGUGACUGAUUCUCCAGAUGUGGAUGUCUCAGAUAUUUCUGUUGUUUCAGCUGACAUCUGUCUGAUUUCUACAAUAAAAGAAAAUACAUAUUAUUUCCUUCACUGA